AUGCAGUCGUUCCUCGGAAGCUUGAACUAUUACAGCCGCUUCAUUGAGGACUUCGCAGUCUAUGCCGCGAUCGUGUACGAACUACGGGAAGCAGACUUCCAUGAGAUCGCCAGGAUGGACGCAGAGGAGACGCAGGCCGAGGAUAGUCAAUUGACUGGGGGCGAGCGCGACAGAUGGGCGAGGGCGAAAAACGCUUUCACUAUGCUGAAGGUGGAGAUCAUUGCCACGCCGGUUCUGAAGCUCUUCGACCCGGAACGUACUGCUGUUGUUGUGCACUUCGCAAACAAGUGGGCAAUAUCAGCGGCGCUGAUGCAGGAACACGAAGGUGUGUACCAUCCGGUGACCUUCACCAGUCGCCCGUUGAAGGCAAACGAGCUCAACUAUGGAGUGCCGCGGAAAAUGAUCACCAUGCCUCCACCAACGAUCGAACCAGACGAGAACCUUUGGGUGGUGAGUUUCGAUGGAUCUGCGCGGGUGAAGCGCAGUGGUGGUGCGUAUAGUGCAGACGUGUGGAAACUCCCGGAGUGGACGGUGGUGGAAGGUAUGUCAGAGUACAUGACGGACUUGACCGUGAACGAGGCGGAAUAUCAUGGACUGAUUCUUGGAUUCGAUCUGCUCUCGACCUUGGACAGGGGGCGCGUCGUAAUUUGUGGAGACUCGAACUUGGUUAUUCGUCAGAUGCAGGGCGAGAUGGACUGCAAAGCACCAGGGCUGCAACUGCUCCGACAGAAGGCGUUGAACCGUCUACGGUCGUGGCCGAAGCACGAUUUCCUUCACGUGAAGCGUGAAUGGAAUCAGAGUGCGGACAAGUUGGCAAGUGCAGCACUGCAUCGAGAAGAAGGCGAAAUAGUCACCUCAGAGGACGAUCGCCAGGACUUGAUCACCCUCAACCGACUGGGCGAAGCCAAAGUUGAUCGAGACAGUCGUCAGCAAGCUCAAGAUGAAGAGAAGUGGAUUGCUGAUCUGAAGAAGUACCUGGACGGGGAAGUGAGUGUCCUGACAGCAGAAGAGGCGAAGACAUGCUCGAAGAUAGCCGCGAAUUACGAAGUGGACGAGAACGGGCUACUCUUCUUUUGCCCCAAGAUGCUGCAACGAGGCGAAGACCGCGAUGGUGUCGUCAAGAUG